CUUUAUCUUGAUCGAUCAGUUUGUAUGACAGCUAUGUAAUAUAGCUGUCCUAUCUCAACAAUUUGUUCGGAGAUUGUAGGGUUGCCCUGGAGAAUAAUCUACAUAUGUCAAAUAUCGUAAAGAUAUCGUGUCAAACAAAAAAUUUUCUAAACAAGAACUUUGAUUUUGAUGGCAGUUCUAUCCUAUGGUGGUCUGAUGUUGGCGGUUCCGACAAAUAAGGAGCUUCUUGGGCAGAUAGGAAUGUGUGCAAAAUUUCAGAUCAAUAUCUCAAAAAAGCAUACAUUUACAGACGGACAUGGCUAAAUCGACUCAGCUCGCCACACUGAUCAUUUAUGUAUAUUUUUUAUAGAUUUCGUAGCAAACUUAAUAGACCUUGUUCAGAGUAUAAAAAUGAAUUCAAUGUCACUUAAAUUUCCUACAAACCACUUGACAUCAUGUAGUUUAUUGGUAGUUUUAGUUUUUUUGUCUCCCUACUACCCAGCUUUUCCUAGAGGUUAUAUAAAUACUUGCUGCACAUGCCAGUCGAUAUGUAUUUUAAGACGUUGCUAAAGGUUUAAGCUUGAAUGCGCUGCACCAAACCACAGCACACACCACAACACGACACCUUACGCCACACACCACACAACAGUGCGCCACACCGAAACACUCGUGCAGCACAUCAAUUGCCAACUUAUUCUUUUUUAUUAUCCACUAUUCCUUGCACAUAGUAUUCCUCAACCUUUAAGCCGCAUGAUAACAAGAUGGCCAAGAAUGACGGAGCAGCGUAUAAAUGCUGCAAUGGGUUACUGCUAAAAUCCAGUGACGACUCGCCGCCAUCAAUUCAGUCUAUGCCGAGAUUUUAUCGUGUGCGAGUGGUUUUUUGUGGCGUUUGCGCAGUCUGCAAACUUUUUGGCAGAGUCAGUAGUGUUUCAUUUAAUGUCAUAUAUAACAGAACAAUACUUACACACACACACAGUCAUAUUUGCCGAGUAGUUGCAUUUAAAUAAAUUCAUUGGCGUUCUUUUAUUACAAGAAGCUUCAAGCUGCUGCCGGUGUAGUCGAUCACGUUCAUUUCGUUGCCAUUUGACCGCUCAGAGGCGACUUUUCGCGUGCGUUUUGUGCUGUGCUUUGGAAAACAAUUGACUGUGCCGCAAUUCAAAUAUGAACUCGGUACUGCUGGCUUAAGAACAUAACUGUCUUCAGGCAGAAAAAAAAUUACGAAAAUAUAAAUUAGAACAAUUAGUGUAACGGAUUAAGGCUGUUAAUUAGAAUAUAUGUAUAAUAAAAAUUUUUUAAAUAUUAAAUUUUUAAAUAAUCUAAAAUCAAAAAAAAAAUAUUAUUGUAUAAAUUUUUCCUUAAUUGAAAAAUUAUAUCAAACAAUUUUAUUGAAAAAAAUCGCGCAACGCCAAUUGUAAAGUUCUUCGGUUAUUUUUGUCGGUGUGCUUGUGUUCGUGCGCUUGUGCGGCAGCAAUAACAAAUAAAUUCAUUUGACCACAAUAGACAAAUUUGCUGUCUGAUAACUUCAUUGCAUGUGCCAAGUCUUGUGGGGAGUAGAAUUGACUGGAACUCACACAUACUUACGUACAUAUGUUAUUUGUAAAAGAGUUCGUUCAACUUAGAUGAUGAAAAUGUUGCAAGUUAACGUAUUUGUUGCAAGCUUAUGCUGUUUAGCAUUUUUCAACAAUUUCGCACAAUGUGAAACUGGUGUGAACAGCAGUAGGAGAGAUGAAAUCACAAAAUCGACUCAACCACCGGCAUAUGUACUCCAAAAUUGGUUUACUAAAGACAAAAGUAAAUUGCAAUUAAAAAGCAAUUCUAAGGAGACGAAAAAUAAUGUGCUAUCUCGUCUUUAUGGACAACAAUCGAUGGAGCGACGCUUUAACACCGAUACUGUUAUAUCACAUGACUCGGAUACUUCUAAAAUGUUGCCCAAAAACUCUCAUACAUUAAAUAAGAAAAUGCUAAGAAAACUGGGUUUUACCAAAGUGAAAGCCCCAAAUAGUCACCAUAGAAAACGUCUAGCUGUGGAAUCAAGACGUCACUCGUCUCCAGAUGAUUCACAUAUGUUCAUUAUAAAACUGCCACCGAAUUUUGUUUAUUACACAAAUCCAAAAGGUGAAGCCAAUAGCAUAAUUGACAACUCACAGAAAACGAAUGUGUCGACCUUUCCGUUUAACUCUAAUGGCAAACCGGGACGUAUCUACCACUGGAACCUGCCAGUGUUGCAGAAGAUUCUCGGAAAUAAACAGCCACUACCACUCACUGAUGUCAACGGCAAAAAAUAUGUUAUAAAUUUCAAGAGAUUUUCACAUUUUCAAAAACCUUGGGAAAAUGACAGCAUCGAAAAGUCAUACAAAUCGAAUUACAAAAAGUCUCUUAAGCAUAAAUCGCCCUCUUAUUAUGCGCCCACUGCCGCAGUUAAGAAAAAUAGCUUUAAUCGAUACUUUUCGGGUAACGGAAAGCCGAAAGGCUUCUAUGUUAUAAAAGAAAAUAAAAAUAGAGACAUUUAUUAUAAGAAUAUGGUGUUAUAAAGACAAUAAAAUGUAUGUUAUUUUUAUUUUGAGUUUGAACCAUGAUGCAGUAUUUGAAGAAUAACGGUUCAACUAUUUACAACAUCCUGAUCAAAUCGCAUACAUACAUAUGUAUGUAUAUUUGAAGCGCUAUAAACAACGAAUAAGGUAGCAAGAAGAAAACGUUAAAAAUUAAGUAAUGCACUCAAAACUUCAAAACAAAUUUAUUGUACUGUAUUAGAGUAGGAAUUCGGUGGCGGUAUUUCUUUUCCAAACACAAUGGAAAAUCACUCUGCACCUUUAAAUGUAUUACAUGGAAAGCCUAUUUUCCAGACUUAUUUUCCUAAAUAUUAAAAGAGACUGACUAAUUACCGGCACUGGACGUCUUCUUAAAGAACUGGUAAUUACACUUAUGUUCUAACUAGAUUCAUGGUAUAAUAAACUUUUAACUAAAAACAAAAUUUAAUUUAAAAACCCAAAUUUUUUUAAGCAGAUGCAGUAUGCAUACACAUUUGCAAAAAAAUCAUGAAACUAAAAUAACAAUUUAAUUGUGGAAAACAAUUCAUAGAAUAUUCAACAAUUUAUAUUUUUUGUUUCCGGAAUUUGUUGCUAUUUUUUAAACUAUGGUAUACUCUACAAGUAUCAUAACUAUUAGGAAUGCAUACAAUAUAAAAAUUUAUACGCUAAUUAAAUGCAUAUAAGAUGAUGUGAACAUACAUUACUUUCUGCAUUUGUAUACGUUUUGGGAGCAAAUGCUCAAAAAAGUCAUAAAAGUAUGAAUAAUACAAUUGUACACACAACAAAUUAUAUAAAAAUAAGUAUUAAAAAAACUACAUUUUUCACAGACAAGAUCAUUCAUCACAUACAAACUACAUAAUUUCAUACUUAUGUAAGUUAUAUAAGGAGGUAGUGAGUCCUACGAAGGGAACAGGUUACCUAUCAUACAUACCAUACAUAUUAUAUAACAUAUUAACGGUAACUUCCCCAAGGUCCUAUUCAUUUUCAAUUAAUGCUUAACCAGGCAUUGGGUUAAUGCACCAACAUAAGACUUUUAAGACAACUAAAGUAUAUUUGAAUAUUUAACUCAUAAGCUCAAGAAAAUAUUUUUAUACAUUUAAUUAUAAAACAUAUGGUUGAAACAGGUAUUACGCAACUAGAUAAGUCUAUACGAUGUCAAUUCUACGCACUGAUAUUUUUAAGUAUAUUAUUUCAAUGUACAUGGUAUCUAUACUUAAAUAUAACCAAUAAAUAUAAAUCAAA